CUCUAAAGAGUGCCAGGCUGAGAUCGACGCGGAUCCCAGGCGGCCUCUGCCCGCGGCGGCCGAAAGUAGCGAGAGCACCGCGGGAAGCCGAGCCCAGCCGCCCGCGGCCGGACGCGUCCUCGCGCCGCACCGCGUCGAGCCGGCGCCGGCGGACAAUGGGGCCGGGGCGGCUGCUGCUGGUCGCCGCUGGCCUCAGCCUGUGCGGCCCCCUGCUGUCGGCCCGCACCCCUGCCCGCGAGCCAGAGUCAAAAACAACAAAUGUUACUGUGAAUCCCCGGUCAUUUUUCCUCAGGAAUGCCAACGACCAUGGAUUUGAAUCUUUCCCAAUAGAGGAGCAUGAGGAGAGAAACAAAACUGUGUUAACCAGCCACAGAUUCACGCCCUUCAAUAAAAGUAAUCCUGUUCGAAAAUCACCUCCUGCAUUUAUUUCAAAAGAUGCUUCGGGAUAUCUGACCAGCCCCUGGUUGACAGUCUUUAUCCCCUCUGUUUACACCUGUGUGUUUGUGGUCAGCCUUCCUCUAAACAUCCUGGCCAUUGCUGUGUUCCUUUUGAAGAUGAAGGUGAAGAAGCCAGCUGUCGUGUACAUGCUGCACCUGGCCACAGCCGAUGUGCUCUUUGUGUCCAUACUCCCCUUUAAAAUCAGCUAUUACUUUGCCGGCAGUGACUGGAAAUUUGGAUCUGAACUGUGCAGUUUCACCACGGCAGCAUUUUAUUGCAAUAUGUAUGCAUCCAUCAUGCUCAUGACCGUCAUAAGCAUCGACCGCUUCCUGGCUGUGGUGUACCCCAUCCAGUCCCUGUCUUGGCGCACGCUGAGCAGAGCUUCCUUUGUAUGUCUGGCCAUCUGGGCCAUGGCCAUCGCAGGAGUGGUACCUCUCCUCCUCAAGGAACAAACGACCCAGGUCCCCGGGCUCAACAUCACCACCUGUCACGAUGUCCUCAACGAAACCCUGCUCGAAGGCUUUUACGCCUAUUACUUCUCGGCCUUCUCCGCUAUCUUCUUUUUUGUACCAUUGAUCAUUUCCACAGUCUGCUAUGCAUGUAUCAUCCGAUGUCUUAGCUCUUCGGCAGUUGCUAACCGGAGCAAGAAAUCCCGGGCUUUGUUCUUGUCAGCUGCUGUUUUCUGCAUCUUUAUCCUCUGCUUUGGACCCACCAACAUCCUCCUGAUCCUGCAUUACUUGUUCCUGUCUCCCAGCCCUGCCACAGAGGCGGCCUACUUCGCGUACCUCCUCUGCGUCUGUGUCAGCAGUGUGAGCUGUUGCAUUGAUCCCUUGAUUUACUAUUAUGCUUCCUCAGAGUGCCAGAGGCACCUCUACAACAUCUUAUGCUGCAAAGAGAGUUCGGACCCCAACAGUUACAACAGCAGUGGUCAGCUGAUGCCAAGCAAAAUGGAUACGUGCUCUAGUCACCUGAAUAACAGCAUAUACAAAAAGCUGUUAACCUAGGUCAAGGGACGACUGAGAGGUUAAGCAGAAAAGAUUACUUCACCACCUGAAGCAAGGGGGUCUUAUAUGCAUGCUUGCUUCUUAAAAAAGCCAUAAACACACAGAAGAGUUAAUUACCAGAAGAGGCAGUAGGCGCAGAAGACAAUGUUAUUCUAAGGGAGGAUCCCAGUGCUAUAAUAACAAUGUCACUUUUUUAUAUAUCUAGGUGACUUAUAUACAUGUAUGCAUGCACACACGCACACAAAAUUAUUUAAAGUGCAGUAUGGGAUAGGCACUUGGAAACCCUCUUUCUUUCCCCAGAAAUUAUGGAAAUAAGUUUUGAUUCUGCGACUUCAUAUACAGCAUCUGAGUUGAUAGAAUUUAGCUGUGGAUAGCUGCAGAUGUCCAGUAGUUAGUGAAGGAUUCCAUAGUUUGGACUUUAUACACAUUCUAUGAGUAGGUAUAUUUUUAAGUUGUUUGAUAACAGUACGUACGUUAGGGAAGGCUAGGAAGACUGAGUAUUGUCUGGGUGUAGAAAAAGUUCUGGUAUGUCUCAUGUUGAACAUAUCAAAGUUUGAAUUCUUAAAUAACAAAACACAUGAAAAGCCCAGCUGGUAUGGGCAGGAUUUUUUUAGGUUUUACACACUAUAAGUGUGUGAGGUCCCACGAGGACUUUUGAGGGGAGGGUACAUCGCAAAGCUGCAUGUGGACCAGAACCUCCCUCCCAACUGAACCUCCCAGAUAACCACACUCAAUUCACACUCCUGGGGUCCCCCAGGAGGUGGGCGUGAGCUGACGGUAUCUAGAAGAAAUUGGCAGAGCAAGAUGUGACAUCCUAGGAAGGAAGGACGAUAUCCCUGCCCAUCUCAAGAACAGAGAAAAGGGACAUGUCCUGUAGCUGUCCUGUGAGACUGGCUCUCACAUGGAGGCUUCCACAUCUGCCCUGGGCACUCUGCUGGUUACCAGGCCUGCAGAGAAGAGACAGACCUGCCCUGGUAAGAGCAAAGGAAAGAUGACAUAGGGAUGGAGUCUGACAGACAUGUAAUAAAUAUGCCAUUCUUUACAUCUUUUAGCCAGAUGUGGUUAAGUGUAUUUCAUUUGAGCAAGGUCAGUCAGCCAAAGAACCUUGAGUAUUUGGGUUUCUGCUUUCUGUAGUGAUAAUUUGAGAUGAAAACAUAUAGGCUGUGUACUUUCAAAAGUAUGUCCUUUUGGUCUACAUUAGAAUCUUUUAUUUAUAGUUUUCAUCAAUAAAUGCCUUAAAUAAAGUUUUCUUUUAAAACUUAGGUAUGUUAAAAAAUAAAAAGGAAUCUUGUAUGCCAUUCUGUUUAGAAAUAAUAGAAGACAAAAGAAUUGAUAUUUAAAUCUAAGAAAAUUCUGUAUUUUUUAUUUACUUUGCUUAAGAGUUAAUGAGAUAACUGUAAAAGCAUUUUUUUUUUACCUCAAAGAAGUAUCAAGCAUAGGAAAUGCUUUGCAUUUGAUGAAGUAACUUGAAAAUUAGGUUGGGAUAUGUCUUUCUUCUGAUUAAAGAAUAUGGUGGCAUUUUAAACAACCAAAAGAAAUAGAAAAUUUGUGAGGUAAAAUAUCUAUUUAAGAGAGCAAAGUAUUUCCAAAUAGCAUAGAAUAAUUUACAUAAAAGUAAUAUAAUUGUAAGUAGAAGCUAGCACUGAUUUUAUUAGUUUGAUAGUUUCAUUUUAUCUAAAUCAGUGGAAGUUUAUUGCCCUUUCUUUUCUCGUCUACAUGUUAAAAUACCUCUGACUUAAUAAAACUGUCAUCACUUAUAAAAUAUUAUUUCACUGUUUUUAUGUUCAUCCUCUUUUAAUAAACAUGAAAGUAUGCUUGGAA